AUGACCGACAAGCACGACCUCACCGGGUCGCUCCUGCCGUACCUCGACAGGCACCUCGGCUUGCCGCUCCUCUCCCACCUCGGCACCACCGGCCUCUUUGCCGAGGCCGACAUCAUCAAGGCCCAGUAUGAGCUCGCCAAGCACACCUCCAUGGUCGACUACGCCCUCCAGCUCCACGAGCAGGCCUACCCGGACCAGUCCGCCCCCGCAGAGCUCGAAAAGCAGAGGGACAAUGCCAUCGCCCUCAACGAGAAGCUAGGCAGCGAGGUCGACCAGGUACUCAACGUCAUCGAGGACCCCAACGUCGUCUCGGCCCUCAAGCAGGACAAGGCCCAGAACCUUCAGUGGCUCGAGGAGAACUACAAGCUCACCGUCGACCAGAUCAACGCCCUCUACCGAUACGGCUACUUCCAGUUCAGCUGCGGAAACUACGGCGACGCCUCGUCCUACCUCUACCACUUCCGCGUCCUGUCCACCGACCCCGUCCUCACCAUGAGCUCCCACUGGGGUAAGCUCGCCAGCGACAUCCUCACCGGAGAGUGGGACCGCGCUCUCGAGGAGCUCAAGCUGCUACGCGAGCAGAUCGACUCCUCGGCCGCCCACGUCACCUCGACCUACAACCGCCCGUCCACCUCAACCUCGACCGCCAGCCCCACCGACGACCUCACUCAGGAGGGGCUCCUCAAGAAGCGAUCCUGGCUCCUUCACUGGGCUCUCUUUGUCUUCUUUAACCACCCUGCCGGCCGCGAGCAGCUGGUCGAGAUGUUUCUCUCGCCCGUCUACCUCAACACCAUCCAGACCUCGUGCUGGUGGCUGCUCCGAUACCUCGUCGCCGCGCUCGUCAUGACGCGCCGCACCACCCGCGUCUACAUGGUCCAGCAGCCCACCUCUUCCUCGAUGCUGGCCUCGGCCGCCUCCGGCGUGUCCAAGGUCACCCCGCAGCAGGCGCUCAAGGACAUUGUCCGCAUCGUCGACACCGAAUUCUACCGCGUCGGCGGCAAAGACCCCAUCGUCGACUUCCUCAUCAAGCUGUUCGUCGACUUUGACUUUGAGGCCGCCCAGCAGGAGCUCGGCCAGGCCGAGAAGGUCGCCGCAAACGACUUCUUCCUUGGCGAGUUCAAGGACGAGUUUGUCGAGGCUUCGCGAUACGUCGUUUCCGAGGCCUACUGCAAGAUUCACCAGAAGGUCGACAUCGCCGAUCUCGCCGCCCGCCUCAACCUGUCGCAGUCCGAGGGCGAAAAGUGGAUCGUCAACCUCAUCCGAGACACGCGGGCCGACGCCAAGAUCGACUUCAAGGAGGGCACCGUCUACAUGAACCCCACGCCGCCGGCCAUUUACCAGACGGUCAUCGAGAAGACGCGGGGUUUCACCUUCCGGACGUCGGCGAUGGGCACAGCGAUGGACAGGAAGGCUCAUCCUCCGACUGCCAACGCCGCCCACUCCCACAACUUGAAUGGCAACGACAAGGGCGGCCGCGGUGGACGCGGGGGUGCACGAGGUGGACGCGGCGGGGGACGGGGUGGAGCGAGACAGGGCGGAGACAGGAGGAAAGAGGACGCUACCGGCGCCCAGUCCGGCCAGGGCGCAGGUGCCGCUGCCGAGGAGAGCGCACCGCAAACGGCGGUCGCCUGA